AUGUUAAACAGCAACCCUCUAGAACUUAUUUAUAGCAAUGAGGAUUUUGCUACAUAUCUGCACUACAAUGGAACCAGAACAACUCCUGGUUCGCUCCUGGCUUCAAGCGACAUCAACGAGCAUGCAAGCGACAUCAGUGAGCACACACACCGCAAAAUAAUUGAUGAUCCUGGUUUUCUGGUCACAAACCAGGAACGAACUUCACGUAUGUCCCCUCGACUUCAACAACAUCCUGACAAACUUUGCACUGCUAUCACGAAUAUUAUGAUCAGAUGUGCAAAGAAAAUUAUUCCCCGUGGCAAGACUAAAUACUAUCGAGUGUUCUGGUCUGAACACUUUGAGGAAAUGAAAAGAAAGCGGGACGCCCUUCACAAUACUGCUAAACAAACUGGAAGAAUGGAAGAAGUAAAAGCCUGGAGACGACAGUCAGCUGUCCUAAGACAAGUCAUCUUACAAGCUAAACGGGCUUCCUUCAACGAAUUCAUAUCAAAUAUCAACUAUCAAAGUGAUGGCCAAUACACUUUCAAAUUCCUGGGUAACCUCCAAAACAAACCAAUCAGACCAUCAACACCAAAUAAUGUACUUACUGAACCCUUCAGACCUUGCAAACUAAAUGCUGCGAUAAAACAGCUCAAGUGCAAGAAGUCUCCUGGCGUCUGCGAUAAAACAGCUAAAGUGCAAGAAGUCUCCUGGCGACGAGCUCAAGUGCAAGAAGUCUCCUGGCGAAGACGAAUGGGACCAAAAGCCAAGGAAAGCAUGCUGACACUUUUCAACAAAAUCUGGGAGACUAGUCUCGUAACUCCCCAAUGGAGAGUUGCUUUGGUAAUACCAAUACUCAAAAAAGGCAAAGACCUUAGCAACUUUGACAACUAUAGGCUUAUCCUCCUCACAAGCAUGUUGGCUAAACCUAUGGAAAGAAUGGUUAACAGGAGGCUGACCUGGUUCCUUGAGGCCAACAAUAUUCUUAGAAACGAAAAUGCAGGUUCUAGGCCACAAAGAUCAACGAACCAACAAGUAGUCACUUUCUCCCAAAACAUCAAAGAUGCCCUUGAUGCAAGAAAUACCCCUACAGCUGUUUACGUCGAUUUCAAAUCAGCAUAUGACUUAGUAUGGAAAGAGAAACUAAUUCAAAAAUUGGCAAAGAUUGGUAUAAAGUAUAACAUGCUAAACUGA